AUGUCCUCUGUCACCUUUGCGGCCUCGCCCCCGCCACGCACCCCCACCCGCUCAGCCUUCCCCAAGCCCCGCCUGCCUCCUACCCCAGUGCCCCCCGCGCAGCUCACGCCCACCUCAAUGUCGGACACACCAAUGUCAUUUGACCAGCGCCAAGUCCCCUCCAGGCGUGCUGGAGAAGAAAGUGUCGAGGGCGCGAGUGCCGGGCGAGCACCGGCCGAUGUCUAUGAUCCGGAGCGACAGCCCCUCAUCCAGCCGCGUGGGCUGGGAAGGAGGCGGGUCGCGUACCCGGUGCUUGUUGGGAUUCUGGUCGUGAUCACAGGCCCGCCGCCAAAUCUCCCGCCGGUACACAGCACCACCUCUACCUCUGCACCACUCCCGCUCCCGACACCUCUUCCCUCUUUCACCCCACCCUCAGAGGGUGCUGAAGGCAGGCCUCUGUACGUCCCUGGUACUCAGGCAGAGCGGCAGGCCAAGGCCGGUAGAAUGAGCAGGCCUUUGCGCAGGGGUACGCACGAGAGCUGGUGGUCAGCUGAACAAGGCUGGUUCAAUGCUGUUGCCAAGACCAUCCCGACCUUUCGAGUGUUGGACGAAGAAGGCCACAUUGUCAAGAACGGUGCCGGGUCCCAGAUCACCAAAGUAGAAGCUCUCUCCAUGUACCGCACCAUGACCCUCAUUCCUAUCGUCGACAAUGUGCUCUAUCAGUCGCAAAGGCAGGGGCGGAUCUCGUUCUACAUGCAGUGUGCUGGGGAGGAGGCGGCCAUCGUAGGUAGCGCCGCUGCACUGCGGGCUGGGGAUGAGAUCUUUGGGCAAUACAGAGAGUCGGCAGCACUCUUGCACCGAGGCUUUACCCUCAACUCGCUCAUGGCACAAUGUUUCGGCAACGUCGAAGACAAGGGUUAA